AGAGAGAGAGAGAGAGAGAGAGAGAGGAGCCACUUAAGACUCACACGCCAGUCAGUCCUUGGCUAAUUCGCAAGCCAGAACGUCAAGAGCCUCUCUAGUUCACAAGUUCACCAGUUCGUCACUUCGUCAGUCCGGAAGUUAGUCAAGUCUCCAGAUCAAAAGUUCUUCACAUCACCCGUUCACCAGUUCACCAUUUUCGUGACUUGUGCGAGGUUGUCAACAUUCGGUGUGGCCUGUGUUGAUUUGGCGUGACUCGCUGCGAAACGUACAACCCGUGCAAGUUGGAAAGGCUCCUUGUGACCUGUGUGGCCCCGUAAAGACACCCCUUGACCUGUGUGACCUGUGUGAAUCCAGUAACAUGUGCAGACCCUAGUGUGACCUGUGGUGACCUGUAUAUAUCCAGUGUGACCAAAUCUGUCUUAGUGGUCAAUCUCAACUGUGACCUGUGUGACUUCUAGAGCGGUGCGAGCCGUGGAGAAGCAGUGUGGCCUGGUAGUACUUCUGAGUUGUGCAUGGAAAUAUAUUGUGACCUGGUGUGACCUAUGUAGACUCAACUAAAGACAUCACUGUGACUUUUAGACCACUGUAACCUGUACAGGUGUCUAUAGAUUCACUGUGACCUAUGUAGGCUUCAGUAGAUCCAGCAGUAGAGACCAGUUGUGAUCCAAGUGGACGUAGCAUAACCCAGUCGAGACAACUGUGAUCAGAAUACUGUGUGACCCAACGCUAAACAAAUUGUGACCCGCUGUGACCUAUGACGUUGUGAUCCGCUGUGAAUUGUUCAGCUUCCGUUGUGACCCGCUGCUACUUGUUGUGACCUCUUCUAACCCUUCGUAACCUAACCUAACCUCGCUGUCACUCCUAAUCAUCUUGUGACCUCAUUCUGGACCAGUUAAGUUCCGCUGUGACCCGUGACCUGUGACCUGUGAGCCGUGACUCGUGAGCCGCGUGCCGCCAUAUGACCGAGUGAGAGAGCCGCCGAGCCGCCAUGGCUUACGAAGAGGCGCGCCCGCCCGGCACACGCCACAGCUACGCCGCCGCCUCGGCCGUGCUGCCCAUGCCAGUGCUCCGCCCACCCCAGCACCGUGCCCGCAGCCUGGACGUGCUGGGAGGCCCCGCGCCCUCCUCCAGCAAAGCUCGCCGCCCUCCCAGCGUGCAGGGCGGCGCCACCUCCUCCCACAACGACUUCGUGUUCUUGUCGCCGAGCAAACCCCCUCACGCCCACGCCCACGCACACGCCCACCACGACUACGACGAUGACGCCCCAGCCCGCGCCGAGACCCGCGCCUUCCUGCCACAGAACGCCCGCCGCCCACGACACUCCCGCAGUGUUGGUCGGAAAUGUCGAGACUGCAUGACGCGGGUGCCCUACGCCACACUCAUCGCCACUGUGAUGUGCUGCGUGGGUGUGGGUGUGUUCUGCGGCACCAUGUACAGGGGCACCACACUCACCCUGCGGCUGUUUGAGGAAGUGUUCAACCUCCGGAUCAAGUGGGACCAGGAGUACAGGGUGGAGCCAGUGCAGCUGACCUUCAUGGUGGUGGGUGCUGGCAUGGGCGGCCUGGGACUCAUGAUCCUCUUUGUGGGCUGUCUCUCAACUGGCGACACCCGCAACCGUGUCUACCGAACCUGGCGGGGCAGAGUGGGCGGCAGGAUAUCUUGUGCUAUUUUUAUGGGUAUCACUUACCUGCUGACCCUGGCCUGGCUGCUCAUGUUUGCUGUCCUCAUCAUCGUCACCAUCUUCUACACAUUGGCUUGGUUCCAGUGCAUCAACGUCCCCAGCAACGAAUGCAUCGACUACAACCAGUUCAGCUUCUUGUUCCCCCAUGGCACCCCUGAGGAGGAGAAGCGUGUGUGCUUAGGGGGAAAACGAAAGCUCUUCUGCAAGGAUUAUGUCAACAAUGCAGAGAUCAUGUUUAUCUUGGCCACAGUGUCUGCUUUCCUGGUCAUCCUUUCCCUGGUGCACUACUUGAUGUGCCUGGCAGCAAACUAUGCCCACAUCAAGGACCAGGAGAAGUUCAUGGACCUUCAGGAGAUCCAGUUCCUGCACGAGUCCGAGAUGUCCACUUUGCCCAAAGACCGAUUCUAGGACACCGCCCAAGGGAUCUACUGGCGCAGCACCCAGCAAGGCCGCUACUACUGAGAUCGUGACACACGGUUACUGCAACCCGUGGUUACAUGGCCUUAAGGCAGCAACACUGUGGCCUCACAGGAGCCAUCUGGCACCACUACCACCACUGUGACACUCCUGCACUGCCCUAUGCCACAGUCCCACCCCGUGCACUGUCCCAUGACUCAGUGCCUUCCACUCAGAGCAGAGGUCUGGUCGAUUUGGGGGGCACUCUUGGGCCAAGACAAAAUACCAGACUUCCUUACCUGUGCUGUGGAGUGGAAUGAGCUGUGUCAGGGUGCCACAGGAUGGCGGUGCCUUGGUACCCGUCCUGACACCUGCCGUGUGUGUGAGAGGUGGAGUCCUCACUAGGCGGCAGUGGUUAGGCGGGUGCACUGCACACUGUGAGGUCCACUGAGCUGGUCCUCUGUUGGCUGGGUUGGCUGUGCUGGAGCUUGUUGGCUGCUUCUGCUGCAAGUUGCUAAGAUUAUAUUUUAGCAUUACUUUUAAAAUAAGACUAGGUUUGUUUCUGUAAUUUGUAGUUUAGAGGCUGCUUUGUGUAGCUUCUUUAGCAGGCUUGUAUGGUAAGGAUAUACUUUUGAAUGAAUUUGCAUGUAUUCCUGCAGGAUCUACUACAGACUUGUACAUUUUUGUUGUCCUGAAUGAAGAAAUUGGCAGUGAAGAACGUAGCUGCCCCUCAACUCUGGCCUGUGGUCUGCUCCUCGCUCCACUGCUGUCAUUCACAAAGGAUGGGCAGCAUUUACCUAUAUUUAUUAAUCAGUCAGGGAAAACAGUUUCAGUAAUUAUUUUAUAUAUUUCAUAGAAUCACAGCAGGGCAUUCAGGCUGUUUCUGUCAAAAUAGGAGGUUGUCUGUCAUCAUUGUUGGUAUUCCUUCCCAUGCCAUACCCAUUCCAUUCCCUUGCCAUGUCAGGUUUGUUGUGUUCUGCUUAAGAGUAAUAGUGAUAAUGGUAAGCCUUUCCAGCUCACUCUCCCUCUUAGUGCCUAAGCCAGUGAUGGAAGGCGGCAAGUCUGUGGCUGACAUUGAUAUUUUGUUGAGGACAGUAUGAUGGACCAACUUAAUAUUAAGCUUGCAAAUAUGUAUUUGUAGGCAAAGUCAUUAACAGGAUGGCUGUCUCUGUCAUGGCACUGUAAUACAUUACAAUGGAUCACCAACUGACCUUAACAGACAGUCUGACUGAAGACAUCAAGACGGCAACAUACUGGACACUAAACUAAUUUGAUUCACUUGUAUAGAGGGAGUUGUGGUGAUGUGACUGACAGUUGGCAGCUGUGGCCUGGUAAUGAAUGGUGAGGUUGACUGUGUGAGUGAAGCAGUGACAGCACAGUGUCACUUGCUGACACUGGCACACAUUCCCAGUGACCCAGGCUGCUGUGGACACAGUCAUCCUAUGACUAUCCUUCCUCAGCUGUGUCCUGGAGGUGAUGAGCUGCUGCCUUGCAGUGAGUGCAUGGGGCAUGGGAAUAAUUAUUAUUCUUGCUGCUCUGUGUGGGAAGUGGUUAAAGAUAAACACCUGAAUGAAUGAGGUCAAGUACUAGUUAUGUCAAGUGUUUCCCCCUGUAAUUAUAUCAAGAUGUGUAUCUCACAGGCAGAUAGUGUUGAGUUUGCCCAAAGGGUAAAGCAUGCUUUAAAACAAGGCCCACAAGUCUAUGUGUGUGUGUGUGUGUGUGUGUGUGUGUGUGUGUGUGUGUGUGUGUGUGUGUGUGUGUGUGUGUGUGUGUGUGUGUUACGCUGUUCACUCUAACACUACUAACACCUUUGUCACUUUGCAGAUCAGGCCAGACUAAGGUCACCUGUUCUGCUCUGCUCUGUUCUGCACUUCACAGUCUUUACUUGUGUUGAUCAGUGUUAUGUUACACUCUCCUUCCUUAUCGUCCUUGCUGCUCUGCUCUGUGUUGCUCUGCUCUGCCCUUUAUUGCUGCACUCCUCUGUACUUGUUGCUCUGCACUAAUAACACUAAUUGUCAACCCAGCUCAGCCCAACAGAAGUGUUUAGCUUCCACAGAUCCCUUGGGUGAGUGUUAACUAUUUACAUAGACGAGGCGAGGCACGCUGGUGACGGAGGGAAGCGUGCACGCCGUUUUGUUAGAAGGGGAACGUUUUGUUGUGAUGGGCUAGAGAUGUUAGUUUCAAAAUGGUAACAUAACAUAUAUUAUCUGUGUCUGUGCAACCUCCCUCAGGAAACACAGACUGUGUGUGCCUUGACAAUAAGCUCAGAAAGUGUGUGUGUGUGUGUGUGUGUGUGUGUGUGUGUGUGUGUGUGUGUGUGUGUUACCUUGUGUGUCAUGGACCCCACUAAAAAUAUAUAGUGUAUGUUGCCACCACCUUUGUAAUAAUAAAUUUUUAUACCUAU